CCAAAACCCAUCUCAGCUUCAAAAACUCGCGUAGUUUGAAUCGGCAUCGGCGUGAUGGGUGCUGCCAUGGCUUCGCGCCUGCUGCCCGCCGGUUACUCUGUCACAGUCUACGGCCGGACUCCGUCAAAGGCUGCGCCUUUACUCUCUUUGGGGGGCCGUCUCGCCGACUCUCCAUUCGCCGUUGCUCAAUCGAGUAAGUGGUAUUUACCAUGGUGGGACACCCAUCAGAUGUUCGAUCGGUUGUCUUUUGUGAGCCAGGGCAUUCUUGCCGGCCUAAAUCCUGGCGGCGUCCAGCUUUGGCACGCGAGAUUUUCGGUGUGGCUCAGGGUGAUGGUCUUGCCUGGUGCUGCUCUGGGUAAGCAGCUCUUUAGGGAUGGUGGCCAAUGGGAAUGGACAGCUUGGAACUCAAGGGCUAAUCACUGUGAUUGAGAAGCUCAAUGGCAACAAAUGGACAGUUUAGCUCUUUGAGAUGCAAGUAAGGAGGAAACAAACAAAAGACACGGGUGCCAUCAACACCGUCGAGAAUGAGGAUACAUCAAUACUCAUAAUUGUGUUCCUAUGAAUAUGUGAAUUUUUUUGGAAUGUUCCCAGCGCAAAAAUACAUUUGUGCUCUUGGGAAGCAACGAGGGAAGUAGUUGAUAACUAAACUGCCACCUUGUUCCACUCGCUGGUUAUGGUGGAUCCUAUUAUAUUUCCAUCUGUCUGACUUUAUGAAGUUGAUACCUCAAAACUCAUACUCAUUCAUUACUCUGUUGUCGACCAAACUUGGCCAAGAAGAAAUGGCUCCUCAGGGGCAAGGUGCUGCUUCUCGUAAAUCUUCAGCACCAAGGGAGAGUGUGAUUGUUGUGAUGCACAGUAAUCAAAGUAAGCACGAUGUUGAGGCCAUGGAUUGGGCUCUCAAGCAUGUGGUUCGACGGGGAGAUAAUGUUAUUGUGCUUGGAGUUAUAGGUGGGUGUGGAGUGAAGAACAUUUGCUUCCCGUUCAACAUGGGCAUGGGCUUCUCUGCAAUUUGGGAAAGAAUAGAUUGUUCAACAACAGGACAAGAGCCAAGACCCAAGGAACUUGCAGAAGAAAUUGAGAGAAAGAAACAACAAUGUCAGAGUAAACUCCAGCCAUUCUAUCGACGAUGCAAGAAGAAUGAGGUAAACUUGGAAGUCAAGCUCACAUUUGGCUGUUGCCCUAUAAAAAUCACAGUAGAACAAGCUCAGAACUCAAAUCCUCGUUGGAUUAUCUUAGAUAGCUACUUGAAGAAGUAUAAAAUGAUCAUAUACAAUGAAGUAGGCUGCAAUAUUGCAGCGAUGAAGGGAAAUGAUCUGGCAACUCUGAUUCCAUCAAGAAAUGGACAAGGUGGAACAUCUGGUACUGCUUCUUGUAACAAGCUUAAUGUUCCGCAUGAUGAUGACUCAUCAUCAACAGCAUCCAGGCAAGCAUCAGCAGGGCAAAGCCCUGCAUGGUAUCCAGUAUCAUGGAGAAGUGGAUUUCCUCGAGCUUUUUCAGAAGCAGAACUUGAAGCGAUAACUCAUGGUUUCUCUAAAGAGAACAUUGUUCUAGAAGUGCGAGAUGGCAUUGGAGUAUACGAAGGGAUGCUCCAGGGAUGUCCUGUCCUGGUAAGAGCCUUUGCAGGAAACGAUGAACGCUUCUGGCCAACACUGAAGAUUCUUUCCAGGAUCCACCACAGGAAUAUAUUGAACCUUGUAGGACACUGCUGCACUGCCACCAAUUUGUUCUUGCUUUUCGACUACCCUUGCAUGGGUAAUCUGGAAAUCAACCUUCUAGUUGAUGAUUUGGCCAAGAACUUGCCCUGGAAAGCGAGGUGGCACAUUGCUCUGGACAUUGGUGGAAGCCUGCAGUAUCUUCAUGAAGAAUGUGUGACUGAUGGAGCCAUCGUUCACCUCUCUGUUUCUUCUUCUUAUGUUAGCUUAUCUUGUGGAUCCAUUACCAUGCUUGCCUACUUUGCGACCGCUAGAAUCCUUAAAGAUGAAGGGACGAGUAACGUUGACUCUAGAACACGAAGGAAGAGAAAUGAGGAGCAUGAUGAACUGAUAGCUGUGGACAUACACGACUAUGGAGUGCUCCUGAUUGAGCUCAUCAGCGGAAUGAGUGCCCGGCUGUUCCAGAGGCAAGGCGUGGGACAAAGCCUGAUUGACUGGGCACUGCCACUUCUGGAGAAGGGUUCCAUAGAUGACGUGUUGGAUCCCAGAGUGGUGGAGGAGAUGAACGAUAGCAGGAUGAUUCAGCAGUUGGUAAAUGCAGCUUUGCUUUGCCUGAGGAGUAAUCCUUCUGCUUCUGCUGGCCACUGCCUCUCAAUGAGCCAGGGAGUAACAAGGUUAUUAUUGACUUCAAUUCCUCACUUCAGAAAGAUACUGUUAUCAGCCUUUGAAUGCCCUCAUUGUGAUGAGAGGAAUAAUGAAGUCCAGUUUGCGGGUGAAAUCCAGCCACGGGGUUGUUGCUACUGUUUGAAUGUCACAGCAGGCAAUCAGAAGAUCCUCGAUCGUCAGGUGGUGAAAUCUGAAUCUGCAACCAUAAAGAUUCCUGAACUGGACUUUGAGAUUCCUCCUGAGGCGCAGCGUGGUAGCCUAUCAACGUUGGAAGGAAUUUUGAUGCGUGCUGCUGAUGGCUUGCAAGCACUUCAAGACGAACGCAGGAAAGUGAAUCCUGAAACUGCUGAAGCAAUAGAUCAAUUCUUGUCAAAGUUAAGAGCUUGUGCUAGGGGAGAUUCAUCGUUCACUAUCAUCUUGGAUGAUCCUGCUGGAAACAGCUUUAUAGAGAACCCGUGUGCUCCAUCACCAGAUCCAGCAUUGAAUAUCAAGUUCUACGAUCGAACUCCAGAGCAACAAGCAUCUUUGGGCUAUCUACCUAAUCCAACACAGCCUGGAGAACCUGUGGCCACAGCAUCUGUUGAGAGAACAGAGAAUGAUGAUGCCAAUUCAGGAAAAGUAGAACCUCAUGGAUCAAUUGGAGCAGUAGCUGGUCAUCGAGCCAUUGCUCAGAGUAAUAGUGCGGAAAUCUCUGAAGCUUUGUUCCGAUACACUUCACCAGAAGAGGUGAUGACAUUCCCGUCAACUUGUGGAGCUUGUGCUGUCAGGAGCGAAACUCGGAUGUUUGUCACGAACAUCCCAUACUUUCAAGAAGUAAUUGUGAUGGCAUCCACCUGUGAUUCCUGUGGUUACCGCAGUUCUGAGUUGAAGCCAGGCGGGGCAAUUCCAGAAAAGGGAAAGAGAAUAACACUCUGUGUGAAGAAUGUUAAAGACCUCAGUCGUGAUGUCAUAAAGUCUGAUACUGCAGGUGUGACAAUCCCCGAGCUUGAUUUGGAACUCACUAGUGGAACUUUGGGAGGAUUAGUGACAACAGUGGAAGGCUUGGUUACAAAAAUCAGUGAAAGUCUUGAGAGAGUGCAUGGAUUUACAUUCGGUGAUAGCUUUGAGGAAUCCAGGAAAAACAAGUGGCUAGAUUUCAGAUCAAGACUAAUUAAGCUUCUAAACCUUGAAAAGCCUUGGACUUUGAUUCUUGAUGAUGCAUUGGCAAAUUCUUUCAUUGCUCCAGCGACGGACGAUAUUAAAGAGGACCAACAACUAACAUUUGAGGAAUACGAGAGGUCAUUCGAGCAGAACGAAGAGUUGGGACUGAACGAUUUGGACACGUCUUCAGCUGAUGCAGCAUAUAAUGAUAGCACCAGUACUGCUGCCGUUGAGGAGAAGAAGGUCCCUUGCUUGCCUGCUGUGUAGAUUAGCCAAACAGAAGCAGAUAGAUUAUUCCCCUUGAUGGGUGUAUACCUGAGAGUGUCGUAGAAAAUGACUGUUUGUAUCAAAGA